CUCUUAUUCUCAGGUUUAAAAUCCUCUGUACCCUUGCCAGUGCCCCCACUCCCAAAUUCUAUAUUCCUUCUCUCCUCAUUGCCCCUAUAUUAGCUCUGAUCAGCCUUCUGUCCCACCUUCAGACACCAGAGGAAACAUUGAGACCUAGAACACCUAGGUUCUAACUCGCAUUCUCUGAGCAGUUUGUUUAGUCAGUCUCCUAGGAUACAGGGGAAAGUGAGGCUGAGCAGAGGGACAUGCUACUGAGUGUCCAAAUCCAUGUGUCCUCCCUCCUGGGCCAGUCUCAAACUCCUCAGAGGAUGAGAAUCAGAACAAUUGGGAAUUAGUGGAGACAAGAAGGAAGAGACAGGAAGAGGAUAUCACUGUGAGGCUCCUGGACACAGGCAUAAGGGAAGGUGACUCUGGUGUCAGCUGGUGGGGCGGUGGGUGAUGGCAUCCCUGCUACAAAGCCGGUUGACCACGGAUGAGGACCUGCUGCUAAUGCAGGAAGGCAUGUUGAUUCGCAAGGUGAGGACCAAAAGUUGGAAGAAGCUAAGAUACUUCAGGCUUCAGAACGACGGCAUGACAGUCUGGCAUGCGCGGCAGGCUGGGGGCAGUGCCAAGCCCACGUUCUCAAUAUCUGAUGUGGAAACAGUGCGUGAAGGCCAUGACUCUGAGUUGCUGCGCAGCCUGGCAGAGGAGUUCCCCCUGGAGCAGGGCUUCACCAUUGUGUUCCAUGGCCGCCGUGCAAACCUGGACCUGGUGGCCAAUAGCGUUGAGGAGGCCGAGGUCUGGAUGCGAGGGCUUCAGCUUUUGGUGGACCUUGUUGCCAGCAUGGACCAACAGGAACGGCUGGACCAAUGGCUAAAUGACUGGUUCCAGCGUGGAGACAAAAACCAGGAUGGUCGGAUGACUUUCCAAGAAGUUCAGAGAUUACUGCGCCUAAUGAAUGUGGAAAUGGACCAAGAAUAUGCCCUUAGUCUUUUUCAGGCAGCAGACACGUCCCAGUCUGAAACUCUGGAGGGAGAUGAAUUUGUACACUUCUAUAAGGCAUUGACUGAGCGUGCUGAGGUACAGGAACUGUUUGAAAGCUUUUCAGCCGAUGGGCAGAAGUUGACCCUGCUGGAAUUCGUGGAUUUUCUUCAAGAGAAACAGAAAGAAACAGACCAUGUCUCAGACCUUGCUCUAGAAUUCAUCAACCGCUAUGAGCCUUCAGAGAGUGGCAAACUGCGGCAUGUGCUGAGCAUGGAUGGCUUCCUUAGCUACCUCUGCUCGAAAGAUGGAGACAUCUUCAACCCAGCCUGCCUUCCCAUCUACCAGGAUAUGACUCAGCCCCUGAACCAUUACUUCAUCAACUCCUCUCAUAACACCUACCUAGUGAAGGACCAACUUUAUGGCCAGAGCAGCGUUGAGGGAUAUAUACGGGCCCUGAAGCGGGGGUGCCGCUGCGUGGAAGUGGAUAUAUGGGAUGGACCUAAUGGGGAACCCAUCGUUUACCAUGGACACACCCUGACUUCUCGCAUCCUGUUCAAAGAUGUUGUGGCCACAGUAGCACAGUAUGCUUUCCAGACAUCAGACUACCCAGUCAUCUUGUCUCUGGAGAACCACUGCAGUUGGGAGCAGCAGCAGACCAUGGCAUACCAUUUGACUGAGAUCCUGGGGGAGCAGCUGCUGAGCGCCACCUUGGAUGGGCAGCCGCCCAUUCAGCUGCCCUCACCUGAGGAUCUUCGUUGGAAGAUUCUGGUGAAAGGGAAGAAGUUAAGCACACUUGAAGAGGAUCUUGAGGGUGAGGAAGAGGAGGAGAAGACAGAGACUGAGCUGGAAGGAAAGGAGGCAGAGUUGGGGAUGGCGAUGCACCCUGAGAUGGAAACUGAGCUUGAGACCCAGAAGCUGAGCCCUCUGAGGAAGGAUAUAAAGGAGAAGGUUGUGACGUGCUCACGGUGUUUGCCUGUCUGUUGUCAGAUUAUGACCCAGCAUUCUAUUUCUGAUUCUGGGUUCCUUCUCUCACCCAAGCAGAAAUUCACGUCCGUCUUGUGUCCAGCCCUCUCUGCUCUGGUUGUCUACUUGAAGUCUGUCACAUUCCACAACUUCACUCAUUCAAAGGAGCAUUACCACUUCUAUGAGAUGUCAUCUUUCUCUGAAACCAAGGCCAAGAGCCUUGUCAAGGAGGCUGGCAACGAGUUUGUGCAACACAAUGCUUGGCAGUUAAGCCGAGUGUAUCCCAGUGGCCUGAGGACAGACUCCUCCAACUUCAACCCCCAGGAACUCUGGAAUGCAGGCUGCCAGCUGGUGGCUAUGAAUGUGCAGACUGCAGGGCCUGAAAUGGACAUCUGUGAUGGGCUUUUCCGCCAAAAUGGUGGCUGUGGCUAUGUGCUGAAGCCAGACUUCCUGCGUGACACCCAGAGUUCCUUCCACCCCGAGAGGCCCAUAAACACCUUUAAGCCCCGUCUCCUCUUAAUCCAGGUGAUCAGUGGUCAGCAACUCCCCAAAGUGAAGAAGACCAAAGAGGGGUCCAUUGUGGAUCCACUGGUCAAAGUGCAGAUCUUCGGCACUCGUCCAGACACAGCCCAGCAGGAGACCAACUACGUGGAUAACAAUGGUUUUAAUCCACACUGGGGGGAGACAUUACGCUUCCGAGUCCUGGUGCCUGAACUUGCCAUGCUGCGUUUUGUGGUAAAGGAUUAUGACUGGAAAUCCCGAGACGAUUUUAUUGGUCAGUACACACUGCCUUUGACCUGCAUGCAACAAGGUUACCGCCACAUACAUCUGCUCUCCAAGGAUGGCACCAGUCUCCACCCAGCUUCCAUUUUUGUGUACACUUGCCUCCAGGAAGAGGAGGAGGUUGAAUCCUGAGGGUCAAUCCCAUGCUUGGAUCUACAGCUAAUCUCUCACCAACUCUGGUGCAAAAGGCAGACUGCAACUAGAAAUCCAGAGGGCUUGGAGCAGAGAAACCUAAAGAAGCAUUAUCCUUUCUACCCCUUAACUUCCUCAAAGCCUGAAGCCAAGGAAGGAUGAAUCAAGGCUCCAGACUCCCCAGGCAAUAGACUGGGAAGGAGACCUGCCUCCAGGACUGUAGUAUCAACUUCAAGAGAACUCUGUGCAGCCCUGAGUCUCCACUGGACUGCCUCUCCAUACCCCACCCCAGUAUAAACUGAACUUUCACCAAUUGGCUCAAGUAUGGUUUUGUCACUGUUGGGCAAGAAGGGAAAGUUGGAGGAAACUUCAGUAGUCAGGUGGGACGGGGAGUUGGUAAGAAGAGUUACAUGAUCUCAGACCUCCUGAAGUUUGCUUGAACAGUUGUGGUUUACAUCUGUAUUUAUGUAUUUACUUCGGGUUUUUGCCAUAAGGUGUGUGUCCUCACCAGAGAUAGAAAG